GCCGCCUGACGUGGCACUCGCAACCUAGAGCGACUCGGCGGCGGCGGCGGUGGUGCGGGGCGCGGAGCGUGCAGAGCAGGGUUCUUCUGCAGUAGCUGUCCUUUGGAAUGAUAUUUUCAUGAUGAGCCAACAAGGUUAUGUGGCGACACCCCCCUACUCUCAGUCCCAGCCUGGAAUGGGCAUUUCUCCCCCCCACUACGGGCACUAUGGGGACCCGUCCCAUAUAUCCUCUCCGCCAGGCAUGGUGAAGCCGUCGGGGCCUUCGGGAGCCGCCGCUCCGUCAGGGCUGCUGCCCCCAGGCCCUUUACCUCCUGGACCCCCUCAGUUUGGCCCCAAUGGAGCCCAUGGCCCAGGCCAUCCUCCUCAAAGAUUUCCAGGACUCCCACCUGUCAAUAAUGUGGCAUCUUCUUAUGCAUCAGGCCAGCCCCUGCCACAGUCAUCUUACCCAGGUCCUGGGUCCACUUCCUCUGUCACCCAGCUGGGCAGUCAGUUCAGCUCCAUGCAGAUCAACAGCUAUGGUGCGGGUGUGACUCCCCAGAACCAGGGUCGGCCUGGCCCCCAGGGUCUGCCUGGCCCCCAGGGUCUGCCUGGCCCCCAGGGUCUGCCUGGCCCCCAGGCAGCAGGUGCCUUCCAGGGGCCUCCACAACCUGCACAGCCAUCUAUUCUGCAACCAGGGCCUCAGGUUCCCCCGCCACCCCCCACCGCCCUGAAUGGCCCUGGUGCCUCGCCUAUGUCUCCACCAACUCACAGGCAAGAUGGACUUCCUGCGCCUGCUCCUCUGAAUGCCCAGUAUCAGCCCCCACCUCCACCAGGCCAGACCCUGGGUGCUGGCUACCCUCCACAGCAAGCAACCAACUAUGGACCACAGAUGGGGGGUGCACAGCUGUCUUACCCAGGAGGCUUCCCUGGAGGUCCUGCACAGAUGGCCGGGCCAGCACCUCAGCUCCAGAGGAAGCUGGAUCCAGACUCCAUCCCGAGCCCAAUUCAAGUGAUCGAGAGUGACAGGGCCACCAGAGGUGGACAAGUCUAUACAACCAACACCAGGGGCCAGGUGCCUCCACUGGUCACCACCGAGUGUGUGAUUCAAGACCAAGGCCACUCCAGCCCCCGCUACAUUCGGUGUACCACGUACUGCUUUCCAUGCACGUCAGACAUGGCUAAGCAAGCUCAGAUCCCGCUGGCUGCUGUCAUCAAACCCUUUGCUGACAUUCCGUCAAAUGAGACCCCCUUGUACUUGGUAAACCAUGGGGAGAGUGGACCAGUGAGGUGCAACAGGUGCAAAGCCUACAUGUGCCCGUUCAUGCAGUUCAUCGAAGGCGGACGUCGCUACCAGUGCGGAUUUUGCAGCUGUGUGAAUGAUGUCCCACCAUUCUAUUUCCAACAUCUGGACCACAUUGGGAGGAGGCUGGACCACUACGAGAAGCCAGAACUGUCACUGGGAUCCUAUGAAUAUGUUGCUACGUUGGAUUACUGCAGAAAGAAUAAACCUCCCAACCCACCAGCCUUCAUCUUCAUGAUUGAUGUCUCCUACAGUAACAUAAAGAAUGGACUCGUCAAGCUCAUAUGUGAAGAACUGAAGAGUGUGCUGAAGAGGCUGCCCAAGGAGGAGCAUGAGGAGACAUCUGCAAUUCGAGUUGGUUUUAUCACAUACAACAAAGUUCUCCACUUCUUUAAUGUGAAGAGUAAUCUGGCCCAACCUCAGAUGAUGGUGGUGACGGAUGUCGGAGAGGUCUUUGUUCCCUUGUUGGAUGGAUUCCUUGUCAACUAUGAAGAAUCCCAAUCUGUGAUCCAUAAUUUAUUGGACCAGAUUCCUGAGAUGUUUGCCGACUCUAACGAAAACGAGACAGUCUUUGCACCUGUCAUCCAGGCCGGUAUGGAGGCCCUGAAGGCAGCAGAGUGCCCUGGGAAGCUGUUCAUCUUCCAUUCCUCCUUGCCUACUGCCGAAGCACCAGGGAAGCUCAAGAACAGAGACGACAAAAAGCUGGUUAACACAGACAAAGAGAAGAUACUUUUCCAGCCCCAAACAGCUGUCUACGAAUCUCUGGCCAAGGACUGUGUGGCUAACAGCUGCUCGGUGACUCUCUUCCUCUUUCCCAGUCAGUUUGUGGAUGUGGCUUCCUUGGGUCUAGUUCCCCUGCUCACGGGAGGAACGCUUUACAAAUACAAUGUUUUUCAGAUACAGUUGGACAGCCAAAGGUUUUUGAACGACCUCCGGAAUGAUAUUGAGAAGAAAAUAGGCUUUGAUGCCAUUAUGAGGGUUCGAACCAGCACAGGUUUCAGGGCCACUGAUUUCUUUGGUGGCAUAUUCAUGAACAACACCACAGAUGUGGAAAUGGCGGCCAUCGACUGUGAUAAGGCCGUGACUGUAGAGUUCAAGCACGACGACAAGCUCAGUGAAGAUGUCGGGGCCCUGAUCCAGUGUGCUGUGCUCUACACAACCAUCAGUGGUCAGCGAAGACUCCGGAUUCACAAUCUCGCCUUAAACUGCAGCACCCAGCUAGCGGAUCUGUACAAGAACUGUGAAACGGAUGCCCUCAUCAACUUCUUUGCCAAGUCAGCUUUUAAAGCAGUUCUGAACCAGCCUUUGAAGACCAUCCGGGAAAUUUUAGUUAAUCAGACUGCCCAUAUGUUGGCAUGUUACCGGAAGCACUGUGCCAGUCCGUCUGCAGCAAGCCAGCUCAUCCUGCCAGACUCCAUGAAAGUGCUGCCUGUGUACAUAAAUAGCUUGUUGAAAAACUGUGUGCUGCUCAGCAGACCAGAGAUCUCCCCUGAUGAGCGGGCGUACCAACGGCAGCUGGUCAUGACCAUGGGCGUGGCUGACUCCCAGCUCUUCUUCUACCCCCUGCUCCUGCCAAUUCACACGUUAGAUGUGAAGAGUGCAGCGCUGCCACCAGCCGUCCGCUGCUCCGAGACCCGACUCUCCGAAGAAGGAAUAUUCCUGCUGGCUAAUGGUCUGAACAUGUUCUUAUGGUUUGGAGUGGGUAGCCCACCAGAGCUGAUUCAGGGAAUAUUUAAUGUGCCAUCGUUUGCACAUAUCAACACAGAUAUGACAUCGCUGCCAGAGGUGGGAAGUCCGCACUCUCAACAACUCAGAAUGAUAAUGAAUAACAUCCAGCAAAAGAAGCCAUACUCAAUGAAGCUCAUCAUAGUGAAACAGCGAGAGCAGCGGGAGAUGGCUUUCCGACAGUUCCUGGUGGAAGAUAAAGGACUCUAUGGAGGAUCAUCUUAUGUGGAUUUCCUCUGCUGUGUUCACAAGGAGAUCUGUCAGCUGCUUAACUGAGUGCUCUGCUCUCACUGAGGUUGCAUUCCUGAGGAGACAGUCUCCAACUUGGUGCCUAAUUUUCUGAUGAUAGUAGGCUAGUUUUAAUUUCUUGAUUACUUUCAGGAUAGCUUGCCUGGACAGCACACAGACCUUCAGCUUUGGAGCUCAGGUGGUAAGCCUGUGGAGGUGUGGUGGUACUGUAAAGGGAAUAGUCCAUUACUGGCUGUCCAACUUCUAAUUUUUAAAACUGACACAAUUUGCAUUUCAUAAAUACCUAGUUUACAGAACCAUUUGCAGCCUCAAUUUUCUUUGUGCUUGAUAUAUAAAUUAUUUUUCAAACUGUAUAGAUUCAUGGUAAAAUUAUCUUGGUUCCUCUCUCUUUUACCGUGAGAGGAAAAGACUUCAUUUUUAUCUUAUACCUAAUGUUUUUAAAACCCCGUGACUACAUUAAACAGAUUUUUUUUCAACUUAAGAUCUGCACAGCAGACUUUUAAAAAGCCUGAAAUCUGUCUGGUAGAACAAUUUGUGUUCUCCUUUUUUCAUAAUUAUAUAUUGUCUGUUUAAAAUAUUUUCCAGUUGUUUUGUCUAUAAAAUGGUAUCUAUAUUCUUAAUGGUUCUUUGUACAAUUUUGAUGGUUUCUACCUGUAUAUAAUGGAUCUUAACCAAUAUCAAUAAAUUACUUCAUGUACUCUGG